AUGGCUCUCCAUGUACCCAAAGCGCCGGGCUUUGCCCAGAUGUUGAAGGAUGGCGCCAAGCACUAUUCAGGGCUUGAAGAGGCAGUCUAUCGUAACAUCAGAGCCUGUAAGGAGCUUUCUCAGACAACACGCACCGCUUAUGGACCAAACGGUAUGAACAAGAUGGUCAUCAACCACUUGGAGAAGCUGUUUGUCACCAAUGACGCCGCAACAAUUCUCAGAGAGUUGGAGGUGCAGCACCCAGCAGCCAAAAUGAUCGUGAUGGCCUCCCACAUGCAAGAGCAGGAGGUUGGAGACGGUACAAAUUUUGUCCUGGUGUUCGCUGGAGCUCUGCUGGAGCUGGCUGAAGAGCUGCUCAGGAUGGGUCUUUCUGUGUCAGAGGUGAUUGAAGGCUAUGACAAAGCAUGUAAAAAGGCUCUGGAGAUCCUGCCAGACUGCGUAUGUUCCUCAGCCAACAACCUUCAUGAUGUUAAAGAGGCGACAUCUCUCAUCCGUACGGCAGUCAUCAGUAAACAGUACGGCCACGAAGACUUCCUCGCCAACCUCAUCGCACAGGCCUGUGUGUCCAUCUUCCCACAGUCUGGCAAUUUUAAUGUUGAUAACGUCAGAGUAUGCAAGAUUUUGGGUUGUGGGGUGACAUCAUCCUCCAUGCUGCAUGGCAUGGUUUUUAAGAAGGAGGCAGAGGGUGACAUCACAUCAGUUAAAGAUGCCAAGAUCGCUGUCUUCUCCUGCCCUUUUGACUGCACCGUGACAGAGACCAAGGGCACAGUGCUGAUAAAUAACGCACAGGAGCUCAUGGACUUCAGUAAGGGAGAGGAGGAUAUGAUGGAGGCUCAGGUGAAGGCCAUCAAGGAGGCUGGUGCCAACGUGGUGGUAACUGGAGGAAAAGUGGCUGACAUGGCGCUGCACUACGCCAACAAGUACCAGCUCAUGGUGGUCAGGCUUAACUCAAAGUGGGACCUCAGGAGGUUAUGCAAGACUGUGGGAGCUGUAGCACUGCCCAGGAUGACGGCGCCAACUCCAGAGGAGAUGGGUCACUGUGACAGUGUGUACCUGACAGAGGUGGGGGACACUCAGGUGGUGGUCUUCAAACAUGAGAAAGAGGACGGUGCCAUCUCAACGGUGGUGAUAAGAGGUUCCACUGACAACCUGAUGGAUGACAUUGAAAGGGCUAUAGAUGAUGGAGUCAACACCUUCAAGGUUCUGGUCAGGGACAAACGACUGGUACCUGGAGCAGGAGCCACUGAAAUUGAGCUGGCCAAACAGCUCACCUCAUAUGGAGAGUCCUGCCCAGGUCUGGAUCAGUAUGCCAUUAAAAAGUUUGCUGAAGCCUUCGAGGCUUUGCCCCGUGCGCUGGCAGAGAACUCUGGUGUGAAGGGGAGUGAGCUCAUCUCUAAACUCUACUCUGCACAUCAUGAGGGAAACAAAAACAUAGGCUUUGACAUUGAGGGAGAAGGCCCCGCUGUGAAGGACAUGCUUGAAUGUGGCAUUGUGGAGCCUUACCUGGUAAAACACUGGGGCAUCAAACUGGCCACCAACGCUGCCAUCACAGUACUGAGAGUUGAUCAGAUCAUCAUGGCUAAGGCUGCAGGGGGACCCAAGGCUCCCAAGCAGAGAGGCCAUUGGGACAAGGACGAUUGGGACGAAGCGCCUGAUAAUUUUGAAACUCACCACUAGAGGGCACACACACACACACACCCUCUCUGUCAAUCAUCAUGGCCAAACCAGCAGGGGGACCCAAACCUCCCCAGGGCAAAAAGGACUUCGAUGAGGACGAUUAAGUCUGAUGCUGUCCAGCGGAUGCUCCUUUUUAACCCUGACCGCUACCACAUGCAUUCACAAAAUCCUUUUUUUCUAGUUUAUUUAAAGCUCAACUGUUUGGGUUAUUUCAUAGAAAUGACCAUACAUUGGUAAAUAUGUGAAAGUAAAAUGUACGGAUGGCACUGUUUGCUUUUUUUGUGUGUUCUCAGUCCCAAAUAAAAGGCACUUUCGCUGUCA